ACGUCAGUGUUCAGCAACCUUGUGGGCCUACACGUCAUUUACAUCAUUGAAUAUGAAGACCUUUGGAGUGUUCGUCUGCUUGUUUGGUCAGUUCUUCGUAGACGUUUAAAACAUUUUUAUCAAAGUUACAAUAGUGUAGUCUUGUAGUAGGUAUAGAUUUUAUUUUAAAUACUAUUUACAAGUUGUGAAGGGAAGUUAGGUGAAAACAAAAGAAAAUGGGCGAAAAAAAGAGGAUGGACAAACAUGAAAAAAGGGACGCAACAACUAAAAAAAAAAUAUGUCUCUGCAAGAAGCCUUCUUCAGCGAAUAAACAACAGUAAAAAGAAUUCUAAAUAAAAUAAUAAACACUUGGCUGUGAUGUAGUAUCUGAGAGGAGAGCAAGAAAAAAGAUCGCCAUGGUAAAAAUUAAUUGAAAAAAAUAAAACAAGGAAUCCCAAUAAUCAAGUGAAAAGUGCAUGUCAGUUUUUUCCGUAAGAUUUGAUUAAAUUGCUAUUUUUAUUUAUUAUCAAACAACAAUGAUGAGAUCUUAUGAAAAGGUAAGGGCUAACACAUGCUGAUACACAUUUAAUUUGAGCCCGGUCUUAAAUGCUGGACCGAAAUGAUUGGAUGUUUCAGACGGAGUUUGCGGGUAUUACUCAGUAAUGACACAAUUCCAUUCAUGACUAGCGUUUCAAAAUGAACAGAGACAUAUGGUCUGGUUAACAGCAACAUUUCUGACACCAUUAAACUGCUUCUUAAGAGCAAUAACUCACAUCUUCUAACAUCUUGUUUAGCGCAAAGUUUAUGACAUCAUUAAACAUCUUGUUAAGAGAAAUAUCUCAAAUCGUAAAAACAUUUUUGUUGUGCAGCCAUGGUUUUGGCGGAGGACGACCUGGACAAGAGGAUUGUCAACGGUGAGAAAGCCGAGCUGUACGCCUGGCCACACCAGGUUUCACUUCAGUUGUACCAGGCACCCUAUGGCUGGUAUCACAUUUGUGGCGCUGUUCUCAUUGGACCAAACAAGGUGAGUGAUGUUCCAGGUCUUUUAAAAAUUAGAUUUACAAAAUCAAUCUAAAUUUUUUAUAACAAUUUGGAAAUACAACACAACACAAUAAAAAAAAGCACAAAGUAUUUUUAUACUGUAAUUCAGUUAAAACAAUUUUUUUUUUCAUUUUGAAUUUUGAUCCCCCCCCCCCCCAACAAAUUUUCUUUUGUGAUUUAAAAAUGUAGUUCACAUUUCCAUUGUGGGGGCAUCUAAUAAAAAAUUGCUUAUUUUAUCGAUAAUAGGUUUUAGAUAAUUAAACAUUUCUUUUGGGUGGUGACUAAUAAAGGGAUGUGACCGUAUCAACAAUUUCAAUUUAUCAAUUCUGCACAUUUCAAGCUCCAGACCGAUCUGAAUGUUUUUAAUUCAUUGUUAGUUUCAUUUUCAAUCUUUAAAAAUAUUUAUCUGGACUGGUGACGUAACACACUUGUUCUUUGUUCUAUUUUCAUGUGUGUCAUAGUUUAGAAUGCCUAAGUCUGUCUAGUUACAUGACCGGUUCGUAACUCAUGUAUAUCUGACCUUGGUAGAGAUUUCCACUAUUUAAGUCUAACUCCGAAAAAAAAAUCAUUCAACGUUAGAAGACUCAUUCGUCUGAUGUUUUCUGUUUAACUAAAAACAAAUGUUCAAAAGAUCCUUAUCUAAAACGCCACCAUUUGAACACAGGUCCUGACGGCUGCUCACUGCAUCGAUGGGCAGCAGGCCCGUAACCUGCGCGUGGAGGUCGGAGUCUUGAAUCUCUACGAUCCUCCCAACGCCUACGAGCAGACCGUCUCUGUGUCUUCCAUCAUCAUGCACCCCCAGUACAACGGGAACGCCAACGGCUAUCCCAACGACAUUGGGAUCAUCUACCUGAGCGGUCCAGUCACAUACAACAAGAACGUGCAGGUAUGUCAACGAGAAUCUAUUGCCAACUCAAUGUUGACUCAUAUUAUUGUAGAAACUUUCAAAACACAAGCAUUGAAAUAUUUAUAUCUAUAGAUGUUCAUCUGAAAACAACACAAUAUAAACUGAAUUUACUCCCAACUUUACAACCUCAUUUGAACGUUUCAUUCAGCUCAUUCAGGUAUUUCAAAUAUAGCGUUAGAGAACGACUGAAAGAAUUUUCUGGUUCCGGUCGAAACCGUAACGAAACCGUAAGUUAAAUAUGACUUUCGGUCAAAACUGAAAAUAAACCGAGAGAUAACUUUUCUGUUUCAUCCGAAAACGAAAAUACGCUGAAAGAGAUCAUAUGGCAAUUUUCGGCGACGAACCUAAAACCGAAAUUCGGUCAACCUCUAGAAAAAAAAAUAUUUGAAAUCCUUAGACCCAGUAAAGUUCUCAAGAGUAAAAUAAUGACAUUUCCCACCCCCCCCCCCAUGCACUUUUUUCCAGCCCGCUGCAUUGGCUCCACAAGGUUCCAGUUUUGCCAACAUAAAACCGAAAUUCGGUCAACCUCUAGAAAAAAAAAUAUUUUAAAACCUUAGACCCCGUAAAGUUCUCAAGAGUAAAAUAAUGACAUUUCCCCCCCCCCCCCCCAUGCACUUUUUUCCAGCCCGCUGCAUUGGCUCCACAAGGUUCCAGUUUUGCCAACAGACAGUGCGUCAUCACUGGAUGGGGUCGUACCGUCGGAGGUGGAAGUGGGGCAUCUCACCUGAAACAGGCUUACAUCACCAAGAUCACAACCGCACAAUGCAGAUCUUACUGGGGUGCCUCUGUCACUGACAAACACAUCUGUGUCUUCGAGGCUUCCGGUAGGUGGCUUGAUGAGCUAUAUGUUAACAAAAUGCACUGUGUAGGAAUAUACGUGAAGAUUUUCACCGUAAAUAUGGUUUUCAUUUUUAGAAGUAAAAUAUAGUUUCUAUUUGUCAACAGUUUCAAAAUGAUUUUUAUCUCAAAUAAAUUUAUUGAUAUACUUUAAUAACAAUUUAGAUGCAUAUUCUCGCUUCACUGUCUGUUAUCUUUGCACAAAUAUUUGUUGAUAUGGUGAUUCGCGUUUCUGUAUUGCUGUCAGACAAAAAUUGCAUUUUCACCAGUGAGGCUACCUUGGGCCAAUCACUGUUUAGUGGAAACCUCGGAAAGAUAAUGUGUAGCUCUUGUCAUUAAAUGAUGUCUCAAAGCUUACAUGAUUUCUUGCACAGACCCAGCCGGUACUCGUCCAAGUGCUUGCAAUGGUGACAGUGGUGGCCCAAUGAUGUGUGGCAACAACUACGGUCUUCUCGCUGGUGUCACCUCCUGGGGUGUCAGCUCUUGCAGCGGUAGGUUUGAUUGUUUCAAAACUAUUACAGUUAUGUAAUAAAGUAAUAAAGAGUAAUAAAGAAAGUUCAAUGUAACAUAAUAUCUAAAAAAUGCCUAAAAUAAUCGAAAAAAUUAUUAAACUGACGAAUACAACAUAGAUGCAAAAAAUAAUAAUAAUAAUAAUCGAUGUCGUCACCUCCCUGGGGGUCAUCUCUUGUAAUUACGAGUGUAAUUUUGUAUAUCUAAGUACAUAAAAUCAAUAUAUCACGUGAUCGCCUUUUAUUUUUAUCAUUGUUGAGUAACCUAAUAAUUUCCCUUUGUUCCCAUAGGUGACUAUCCAAGUGUAUACACUCGUGUGUCCGAGUAUCUGGAUUGGAUCAACUCCCGUUAAUUCCAAAAUGUGGAUACAUGAUAAGAGUGGCUACAUGAUAAGAGUGGAUACAUGAUGGUCUAUCACAAUCAUUGUUGACAUUUGUUCUGUACUUUCAGUGCCAAAUAAAAAAAAUAUUUAUAAA